UGCAAAUGUCCCAAUCACGGCAAUGACGUAUUGCGACGAUCUAUCGGCCUAAAAACAUGUAGUUGACUCUUGGCUGAGGAAUUGUUUGAACACUAUUCGGUACUGUAGCUGAGCGUACUCCAUUCAGUGACUUGGUUAAUAUCUUCGGCAGAUAUAUGACAGACAUGGGCGAGAACCCGCAGAUCGAAAUCGAUACUUCUAACAUCAUCCGCGAUUAUCUCUUAACGUUCGUCAAGUGUGACAAUACUGCGAAUACGACAGUGUUCUGCGCUGGAUUUGAUGCCAUUGCGACCGACGGAGUACGAUUCUUGAGUUCAGGAAGGAUCUACCAGUGCAAAACCUUAAUGUUGACGCUUCAUGCUGAAAGACCUCUGCGACAUUUCCAAAUUUUAGUGUUAAUCAACAUUUCAGUCAUCCUGCGGCUGUCAUGCACCCAACUUCGGUAUUGACAGCUUGCUCGGCGAUUGUAUGAUGCGCCACCACGCCCAACCACCUCCCU